GUUUCCUUUCUGUACUGAGGAGUGAUUAAGACACAAUCAUUUUUCUCUAAUCAGUCCUUAAGCUGUGACGCAAAAGAGAAAGCUCAGUUCACACUUAUAGGCGCAUGAAAAAAGAAGUGUUGUAAAGACAGUAUCCGAGUCAGCUUUUAAAAUUUACUGAACACCAUGUCCGAGAACAAUACUACUUGUGCUGCGGGAAGAGAAAAUGUGAUAUCCUCCAUUCUCCCUCCUUUACUUAUCAUUGAGCUCCUGCUUGGCCUGCCAGUAAACCUGAUGGCACUGUAUAUCUUCUUUCGCCACCUUCGGUCUUGGAGACCCAAUAUCUUGUUUCUCUUCAACCUGCUCCUGGCUGAUUUUCUCCUCUUGGUGAGCAUGCCAUUUCGGAUCAGUGCCUAUCUGCGCUCUGAACACUGGGUGUUCGGUACUGCUUGGUGUCGGAUCAACCUCUUCAUGCUUGCAGUCAAUCGAUCAGCAAGCAUCGGCUUUAUGACCACUGUAGCUGUGCAUCGAUAUUUUAAAGUAGUCCAUCCACAUAAUAAAAUCAACUUUAUCAGCUCACGCCAAGCUGGAGGGAUCGCUUGUUUCAUCUGGGUAGUGGUGGUCUCAAUGCGGCUUCCUCUGCUGACUAAUGAUCUCCUUAUAAAGGAGAAGAAUAAUUCUUACUGUCGGAGCUUCAACAUUGAAAAUGCCCCCCCUGGUAUUAUUCUACACUAUGUGAUAUAUAUUGCUGAAUUUUUCCUCCCUCUAUUGACACUACUCUUCUGCUCCAUUCAAAUUGCCUGCAUAUUACAACAGCUGCAGAAGGGCAGAGAGAAGAAGGUGCGACAGGCUAUUCGCACCGUCCUAGUAAUUGUUGGGGUCUUCAUCUUUUGUUUCUUCCCUGGAGUUGCCACAGCACUGACCGCAGUCUAUUUAAAAAGUAGGUUGGAGGUCUACUGUAAUGCGUACAAGUUAGCCAGUCAGUUGUUCGUAUUGUCCAUUGGGUUCACAUACAUGAACAGUGCCCUGGAUCCUGUUAUCUACUGCUUUUCUAGCACCAUGUUCCGAGAUGCAGUAAAAAGGUCUAUCAAUCGAGCUGGACUGAUGCAAUUUCAGCUAAGCCGCCGUGCCAGCACUGUGACUGGAAGUGAUUUCUGAGCAGGUGAUGGUUUCUGAAGGAAAACACAAAGUGCCAUCAGAUUUGAACUGAAUUUUUUGUUAUUUGUUAGUCAUGCCUGAAUGAGCUAAGACUCUGUUAAUGCAACUGUAUAGUAACCAUUAAAUACUUGGCAACCUUUACAAAAAAUGUUGCCAGGUAUUUAAAAGCUCACAGCAAUUUACCUUCCAUAAAAGUAUCUCAGUAGAUGGUGAAUGGGAAUGUUUCAGUUUAGUUUUUUUAUGCUUAAUUACAAUUGUAAUUGUAUGACAUAAAUGGAACAUUUAAAAUAUAUAAAGUUAGAUAAAGUUGGAAUGUCUUACAUUUGUAGUGAGCAAUAAUACCUUAGACAUAGCAUGCCCACAUUGCAGAUAGCCACCAAAAAGGCUUCCAUUAUACAAACAGACACAUCAUUACACAAUUUAUUCAAUAGAAAUAAAGACAACAAAUAUUCAGACCUAAUAUACAGGACAUAAGUUUAGCAACCAAAAUUAAGAAAUCUCCUGACUUUCCCAAAGCAUAUGACAGAAUAUCCCAUCAGACUCAUGAGAACAAAACACCUAAUAUGGAUCAUCAAUUGAUGGCUGAGAAUUCUAGAGGAGAGUUAUCCCAGGUGAUAAAGCUUACUAUGAUUUUAAUAAUAAUGCAUAUGUAAAUGUACAGAAUUUACCCCAACAAAUGUGCGCCGUCCUCUCUCAGACCACUGUGAAACAAUUAAAAAAUAUAUAUUGACUCUAAAAAAAAUAUAUAUGACCAAGAUUGUGAACUGUUUUGGUAAAUGUUUCAUCUUUUUCAAAGGCAGAAAUCAGGCUGAUAUUAAAUUAUUAAGGAUUCUUACCACUAUAGUUGUAUUUAAGGGAAAUGUUCUGAAGCUUUUCCGAAAACCAAGGGGAGAAAAAGUGGUAUCUUAGUAUAAAUAAGUAGUAUCAAUAUAUGUUUAUUUUUAGAACAAUAUUUUUUUUAGAUUCAUUUUUAUACAUACAUCAGAUAUAUACAAGAACUGCAUCGAAACUGGGACAGGUGUCCAUCUCUGUAAAUUAAAACAGACAGGAUUCAGUACAUCCCAUCCAUCCAUCUUCUAUACCGCUUAUCAUUCAGGGUCAAAGGGAACCUGGAGCCUGUCCCAGGGAGCAUUGAGCACAAGGCGGCGUACACCCUGAACAGGGUGGAUUUAGUACAACUUAACACAAUUUUAUUUAAUGAUGCUAAAACUAUUUAUUCAGACAUCUGAAAUUCUUGAUAAUUGGCAUCUCAUAAAGAAGUACAACAUUUUUAGCAAAAUUAUUCAUUGAAAUAAUGCAUAUUUUGGGAAGGGGAGCUGUGAAUUCUGGCAAUUAGCAACAUAUAGUAAGUGUCUGCAAACUCAACUGUAUGCAUCUGUAUAUAAAGUAUUAACUUUGACUUUAUUAUUACUUAUGUAGUUGAUUUGUUCUGGUUACUAUUAUUUUGUUAUAAUACUUACAGUAUGUUAUAAUACCUGUCUUGCUCCAUCAACAAUUGAAAUGCAAAGAGAAAUGCAAAGAUAAAUCAUAGUAUUCUAACGCAUUAAAGACAAUCCACAAGUA